CUCACCUUGAAUUAUUUGAUAGAAUCAUUAAUUUUAUCACGAGUAAUGCAACCAACUUCUGAUAUAUAUAUAUAUAUAUAACACUAUUAUUAUAUAGUUUCAGAUCUCCAGGAUUAGGAUUUAACAAGUCCUCUGUUUUUUAUCUCCCUCUUCUUCGCUUUUGAGCUGCACUGGAAGCAAUGGCCAGCGUUGACUUUGGAAACUGCUUCAUCUUAACCCUCCUAUGCCUGUUAUCAACCUUCUUCCUGUUUCUUUUCUUCUUCAAGAAACCAAAAAAGAAUGCUUUUAACCUACCUCCGAGCCCUCCUUCUCUUCCGAUCAUCGGUCAUGUUCACCAUCUCUUCUCUAGUUCAAUCCACAAGUCUUUUAAAAAAAUCUCAUCCAAGUACGGACCUUUCCUCCAUCUCCGCAUCUUCAACGUCCCCAUCGUCCUCGUCUCCUCUGCUUCAGUGGCCUACGAGAUCUUCAAGGACCACGACAUGAGCGUCUCCUCUCACGGCGCUAUUGGCUUAGACGAGUGCCUCGUGUUUGGAUCUUAUGGCUUCAUCAAUGCUCCCUAUGGAGAUUACUGGAAGUUCAUGAAGAAGCUCAUCACUACUACUAUGCUCGGACCCCAGGCGCUCGAGCGGUCACGAGACGUUCGUGCAGUUGAGAUGGAGAGGUUCUACAGAGAUCUUCUUGAUAAGGCGAUGAAGAAACAGAGCGUUGAGAUCGGUGGGGAAGCACUGAGACUCGUUAACAGUAUCCUCGGGAAGAUGAGCAUGGGAAGGAGUUUUCAAGAGGAGAAAGUCUCGGAGUUUAGUGUCAAGUUCGCUGACUUGACCAAGAAGCUUUUCUUGCAACAAAUACUGCGUAAGCCGCUUGAGAAGCUUGGGAUCUCACCAUUCAAGAAGGAGAUAAUGAAAGUUUCGCACGGAUUUGAGGAGCUCCUGGAAAGGAUUAUUGUGGACUACGAAGAGAACGUGGACGAGCAUCAAGGUACUGAGAUUAUGGACACAUUGUUAGCAGCUUAUCUAGAUGAAAAUGCAGAGUGCAAGAUCACUAGGAUGCAUAUCAAGGCGUUAUUAGCGGAGCUUUUCUUCGGAGCCGGUGACACCUCUUCAAAUACAAUACAAUGGGCAAUGGCUGAAAUCAUCAACAACCCUAAGAUCCUUGAGAGGUUGAGAGAAGACAUAGAUUCCGUUGUAGGAAGAACAAGGUUGGUCCAAGAAACUGAUCUACCAAAGCUUCCUUACUUGCAAGCGGUCAUCAAGGAAUCUCUAAGAUUGCAUCCGCCAGGGUCUCUUAUCCCAAGGGAAUGUCUAAAAGGUUGUAAGAUCGGAGGGUUCUACAUACCUAAGGGCACUUCACUUGUCAUCAAUGGUUAUGCUGUGAUGAGAGAUGCUGAUUCUUGGACAGAUCCUGAUGAGUUUAAGCCGGAGAGGUUUUUAGGACAGGAGGAGAAAAGAGAAAAGGUACUCAACUUUCUUCCUUUUGGUGCUGGAAGGAGAGGAUGUCUUGGAUCAAAUCUAGCUUAUCUCGCAGUAGGAACAUCGAUUGGGGUGAUGGUGCAGUGCUUUGACUGGGAUAUCGAAGGAGAGAAAGUCAACAUGAACGAAGCUUCUGGAAGAAUUUUUUUGGCUUUGGAUCAUCCCCUUAAGUGCACUCCGCUUCCUCGAAUCCUAAAUCUUUUACCAACUAGUUUGUAGAUUCUCAGUUCGUUAAUUCAAGUUUUCACUCCAUUUCCAAACAUAUAAGUGUUCGAAAGAUCGUUAUUGCACUUGUUAUAUUGUCUUUAAUCAACCACUAGCAUCGCAAUAUAAUUUUUGAAUGAAAUCGGUUACUUGGGUUA